AUGGCGACAGUCAUUUUGAUGCUUUUGGCCGCUUGCGGGGCUACUGCUUCGUCGCCAGCAAGCAUUCGUGGUAGCCACAUGUUGGCAGUGGAAGAGGUUCAGCAGUCUCUGCAGGAGUCCAUGCAGGAGGUGCUGCGGGGCGGGUCGUGGUCGAAGCUCGAGAAGAUCGAGAAGAGCAUCUGGCAGACCUACCAGUCGCUGCCGAAGAACGAGUUCGGCCAUAUUGGCCCUCGCGCAGUGCGAUAUCUGGUGCACAACUACUUCGCCAAGGAACAUGGGUGGCUCAUCAAGGGAUUAGAGCCGCACGGCCACCAGGCCGACAUGUCACAGGUCCACGAGGUCAACAUUCUGCAGGACAAGGCCCCAGCGCUCGUGGAGUCCUUGUUGGAGGCCCAGAGAAAGGGCCGUGGCCUCGACCUCGCCGACGCCGUGGCCAUGUUGGCCACCCUGGAGCGCCUCAUCUUCGACGAGGCCGUGAUCCUGCUCCAGGCUGCAUACCGGCUCAACUCCAUCGCCCCAGUAGAGCAAUUGGAUGAGCGAGCUAUGCAUGAAGUCUUAAGUUCUUAUCUGGUCCUGUUCGAGAUGGGUCAGAAAGCGGAUCUGAACAACACAGACCUCCAUCGAGCUCUCAAGGCACGUGCCGCCGAAGUGUCCAGCAACUGGCCACUUCUGGUAGAAUUUGAGCAGGAUUCGCUCCACAACUAUCUCUAUGCGAACAAGGAUACAAGGAAUCCCUUUGUUAGGGAGGAACUGUUUAAUUUCGAAGAUGCCGUGACCAUUGUCGAGGGCAUGGCUCAUGGGUACGGCAAGUGGCAAAACACAGAGUGCCAGCAGAUGAAGCAUGAGCUCAUGGACUUAGACAGCGAAGGCAAUGGCCUG